AUCCCAAUCAUAUAGAGAGGGAGAACCUAACGAGAUUGAGCGACAAGACGCUCAAGAAGGAGAACCUAAUGAAGUUGAGCGACAAGACGCUCAAAAGGGAGAACCUAACGAGGUUGAGCGAUAA